AUGAUUUCAUUAGCAUCGUGUAAUGAAAUCAGUGAAAAAAUUAAUCAGAAUGUCAAUGAGUGGGUAAUGCGUUACAAUUCCGAAUAUGAAGAUAGAAAAACGACCGAUUAUGGACAAAUACUUUUUCCAGAAAAUGAUCGAAGAUCAUGGUAUAUCCGAUUUCCGUUCGAGCCGGUAUUAUCUCUUGAUCAACAGCAGCAAAUAGCAACACCAUUAUUAUCAAAACCUACUGUCCAACAAUUGCUCAGAAGAACUCCAUUGUUUCCACAGAUUAGUCAACAUUCAUUAGCAUGGCAUAUCGUACAAUUUAUGCGGACAGCUUGGAAUCUACCAACACCGGAAUUGAUCAUAUCUGUGACUGGUGGUGCCAAAUUGUGUAAUUUAACAAGGGAAAUGAGCAAUGCAUUUCAACAAGCACUAAUAUCAGCUGUAUUAACAACAGAUGCAUGGAUUUUUACUGGUGGUACCGAUUCUGGUGUUAUGAAAGAAGUCGGUAAUGCUAUUGAUAAAUGUCGACAGAAAAAUAUUCCUUGUAUUGGCAUAUGUAGUUGGUACUACACGACAGAUUAUGAACAAUUAGAACAAAAUCGAGAUCCAACAACGACUACGGACACGAAUUUGUCUGAGGUAACGGAAAGUUUCCCAUUGGAUACAAAUCAUACACAUUUUCUUCUUUUGGAUGAUAUGUGCGGUGCGAAUGAUGGAGAUUGGAAAAAAAUGUAUUCAUUAUCAAAAGAAGACGAACAUAAAAGUGAAAUACCUCGUCGUGCCGAUCUUACUUUGAAAUUACGAGCGGAAAUUGAACAAGAAGCAAGAAAAACAACAGAUGAUAAACAUAAAUCUCUUAUACCAAUCGUUCAAAUUCUCGUAGAUGAUGGACAAUCAUCGAUUUUAACGAUGUGUGAAGCUGUUGCACUACGAACAUCAGUAAUUGUUAUUCAAGGUACCAUGCGUGCAGCUGAUCGAACAGCUGAGGUUUAUAACAUGCUUUAUCCGUCAAAUUCUGGUGAACGUUCGAUCGAGGAAUACAGAAAUCGACAAGAAGCACGAAAGACAUUUGCAUCUGAAUAUAAAGAAAUGGAUGAUUCCAUUAUCAAUAAAACGAAUCGAAAAAAAUUUAUAGAUAUGAUGACAUCUGAAAAUGGAUAUUUUCUUAUAAAUGUUAUACAAUUUCGUCCAGAAGUUAGUUAG